CUUCUCGUUCGCUCGCUCCUCGCCUCGCUUCGCCUCUUUUCUCUCUGUGAAAAGCACUUUCUCUCUCCCAAAAACUUUCUGCAUAGCGAUAUUUCUAGGGUUUCCAGUGCUAUUCUACAUACCUCCAUUCACAAAGCAUAUACCAGAAACUCACGAGUUGUAUACAUAUAACAAAAAUUGCUUUCUUUCUGCUUCUGUUUCAUGUGAUAUCAACGGCUAUAUUAACCCUAUGGUUCCAUUCAAAUUCGAUUCAGAACUAACUCUUAACUCUCUAUUCUAAUGAGUUUCACAACCAGUAAAUGGCUCGAUUUCGCUCCCUCGCUCUCCAUUGCCCCUUGCUUUACACCAUCUUAAUCGUCGUUGUAAACCCUAGCCUCUCACUUUCUUCUCAAACACAUGAUUUUCCUCUAGUCGACUGGGAUGCCAAUUACUUGUUGUUCCACCAGGACUAUUCUCCGCCAGCUCCACCGCCGCCUCCGCCUCAUCCGCCGUCCGUUUCUUGUGUCGACGAUCUGGGUGGUGUAGGCUCUCUGGAUUCCACAUGCCAAAUUGUAUCUGAUUUGAACCUCACCCGUGACGUGUACAUAGCAGGGAAGGGAAAUUUUUACAUCCUACCCGGGGUGAGAUUCCAGUGCCCUGUCUCUAGCUGCUCCAUAAUAGUCAAUGUUUCUGGUAAUUUCUCUUUGGGCGCCAAUUCUUCUAUUUUCGGGGGCACUUUUGAGCUCGUGGCAAAUAACGCUAGCUUUGGCAAUGGUUCGGCCGUGAACACCACGGGUUUGGCUGGGAAGCCGCCUCCUCAGACGAGCGGGACGCCACAGGGAAUUGAUGGAGCGGGUGGAGGCCACGGAGGGAGAGGGGCCUGCUGCUUGGUGGAUCACACGAAGCUGCCUGAGGACGUGUGGGGUGGAGACGCGUACUCGUGGUCGACGCUCCAGAAGCCAUGGAGCUAUGGCAGCCGCGGUGGCUCUACGAGUAAGGAAGUGAAUUACGGAGGGAAAGGAGGCGGGAGAGUGAAGAUGGAAAUCGUGCGGUUUCUGGACGUGAAUGGGAGCAUUUUGGCAGAGGGUGCUAAUGCAGGAGUUAAAGGGGGUGGAGGGUCUGGAGGCAGCAUCUACAUUAAGGCCUAUAAGAUGACUGGAAGUGGCCUGAUAAGUGCUUGUGGAGGUAAUGGUUAUGCUGGUGGAGGUGGUGGAAGAAUUGCAGUUGAUAUCUUUAGCAGGCAUGAUGACCCUAAAAUCAUUGUGCAUGGGGGGAGUAGUUUUGGCUGUCCACGUAAUGCUGGUGCUGCUGGGACAUUUUAUGAUGCUGUUCCUCGGAGCCUUACGGUUAGCAAUACCAAUAUGACAACAGAUACAGAAACACUUUUGCUAGAGUUUCCUUAUCAGCCUCUUUGGACAAAUGUUUAUAUUCGAAAUCAUGCAAGGGCCACUGUUCCUUUGCUUUGGAGUCGUGUUCAGGUCUUGUCUAUUUUGAAUUCUUAAAAUAUACAGAUCAAU